GAUAUAUAAUAAUAUAUGUGCUAUUUGAACGAGGAACAAAACACAACAGAGGCGUUUGCUAAACAGGGUUAUGGAAUUACCAAAGAAAACGGCGAAACCCGUACGAAGACAACGAUGGAGCAGCCAGUUACCUCCCCUGGGCAAGUGACAGUGACUACAUCUCAGCCUGUUCAAGGCGGCUACCCAAUCGGGCCCCCUCCCCCCGUCAACCAGACCACAGUGAUAGUCCAUCAGCCCGGCGCAAUGAUGAGGGACAUUGGACCGCGAGUCUGGAGCUCCGACCUGUGCUCAUGUUUCGAUGACAUCGGCUCAUGCCUGCUUGGGGCUGUGUGUCCUCUCGCCUUGGCCUGCCAGGUGUCUGGGCAGUUGGGGGAGUCAGCCUGUGUCCCCUGCUGUGUUCCUGGGGCACUCGUCGUCUUGAGGACCAAGCUUCGGAUCGAGCAGAACAUACAGGGAACUGUAAUGGACGAUUGUUGCAUGACAACCUUCUGCGGCCCAUGUGCUUUGUGUCAGAUGUCACGUGAGAUUGACUACAUCCGGAACAUGCAACAGUGAGAUGAAGGUCAAGUUUCCAAGACAGAACGCAUCCCACAAAUGGACAUAUGACUACCUCAGAUUUUACUGAAAAAACAUAUUUACAGAACUUUUUACAUAUCAGUCGUAUAUCCCCCUUUCAACAACUGUGACCCACGUUGCCAGUGAAAGAGUGCAUAUGAAUUGUAGCGGUUAAUAGUGUGGUGAAGAAACGGGGACAGAAAAUCAAUGUCAGUUCCUUAUAGGUAUCAAUAUUCAGCUGAGGUGGACUCGAAAUUGUGUGUAACAGAUCUGAUAAAUAACGCAACCAGUUUAAACUUUAAUAUUAGAUCAGGGAGAUUUUGUGAUGUUUCCUUUCUGUAAAUACAUGUAGAUAUUUGUCAAUAGGCGGAAAAUGGGAAUUGAAGCAUUACUUUUUAACCAAGAAUGUUGACACAAAUAUUAUGCCAAGACGAUAAGACUAUUUUCACUAAAACAUUUACCAUUUUCUAUCAUUCAUGGACAUUUUAUGUUCUGCAACAUGUUGUGACGUAUUAGCUGAUCCAUGGGCAGUUCUCUAUCCCUCCGAAACCAGUUCUAGUGUACUUUGCACGGUGUCUUGUGUGUAACCCUGUGGUCAUGUACAUUGCAUGAUGUCUUGUACUGAUGUCUUAGCCAUCUUGAUUAUGCUGUCUUGUACAUUGAGUUGUGUCUAUACCUUUCAUUGUUGAGCAAACUACAUUUCGUAACUACAUCGCCUCAUUGCUGUAACUAAAGGGACCUUUCGGAGAGGCACUCAUGUAGAUCAAUUCUGGAAUACAAGAAGGGCGCAUACAUUUUUACACGUUUAAAUAUUGGCCCAGGCGGCUGGACAAAACACAAUUGUUGCUUCACGGACGCAUAUAGUAUCCUUUGUACAUACGUGUUUUAUGAGUAUUUUGUUAUGAAUAAAAUGUAUUUUAACGA